CCGCAUAAUUUGAACGAUAAUGUUCGGGCUUGAGAUACUAGCUGGAUUGUUCGCUCUACUCGUGGGCUUACAUUACUUUUUCACGAGACAUUUCAAUUACUGGAAGAACAGAAAUGUGAAGGGACCGAAACCGACCGUAUUCUUCGGUAACCUAAAAGAUUCCACUUUGAGAAAAGAGCCCCUGUCUCUCGCUUUCAAGAGGAUUUACGAUGAUUAUCCAAAGGAGCCGUUUGUGGGCAUCUACACGAUGACCACACCGAGUGUGCUCAUCCGAGACUUGGACCUCAUAAAGCACGUGAUGAUCAAGGACUUCGAUAUGUUCGAAGACCGCGGAGUGGAGUUCAGCAAGGAAGGCUUGGGGGCAAAUCUAUUCCAUGCCGAUGGAGAGACAUGGCGCGUCCUGAGGAAUCGCUUUACACCAUUGUUUACAACUGGCAAGCUAAAGAACAUGUUGUAUCUGAUUACCGAACGUGGAGACAAAUUUUUGGAUUACGUCGAAGCCAUCACCACUAAGCAACCCGAGCAGUCAGUGCAUAAGCUCAUUCAAUUAUACACUGUCACCACCAUAUCUGCUUGCGCAUUCGGAUUAGAUAUCGACACCACGGACAGAAGUGAUGCGAUUUUAGCCACCUUGGACAAAAUAGACCAGAUGAUAUUCCACAGGUAUUUUCUUCAAGAAUUCGACAUGAUGUUCCCUGGUGUCUUGAAGGUUUUGAAUUGGUCGCUAUUCCCGAAAUUCCUUACAAACUUCUUCGAAGAAUUAGUGACGAAAGUCGUCACCGAGCGAAAUGGAAUGCCGACUAAAAGGAACGAUUUUAUGGAUUUGAUUUUGCAAUUGAAAAAUGAAGGUGACGUGACGGGACCUAAAAAGAACGAAAAUAGUAAAGAUUUGUCUCUCGAGAUCACAAAUGACGUAAUAGCUGCCCAAGCGUUUGUGUUCUACGCAGCCGGAUACGAAACGAGCGCUACGACCAUGACAUUCAUGUUGUACGAGCUGGCGAAACAUCCACACAUACAAGACAAGCUAUGUCAGGAGAUAGAUGAAGUGCUCGCGAAAUCAGACAAUCUGGUCACAUACGAUACUCUCACUCAAUUGCCGUAUAUGGAUAAAGUUUUCGAUGAAACUUUAAGGAUGUAUCCUCUGGUAGAUCCGCUUCAACGCAAGGUGACACAGCACGACUAUACGAUACCUAAUACCGAUGUUAUUAUAAAGGAAGGUCAGACUGUAUACGUAUCAGCGAUGGGUAUUCAUCAUGAUGAAACUCUAUAUCCGAAACCAGAGGAAUUCGAUCCGGAGAGAUUUGAUCCGAAAGUGGCAGCAGCGCGACAUUCAUGCGCAUAUUUACCUUUCGGCGUUGGACCCAGAAAUUGUAUUGGAAUGAGAUUCGCAAAAGUCCAGUCCAGAGUCUGUAUCUUGAAGCUGUUAUCUCGUUUUCGAGUGGAACUCGCCCCGAGUGAGAAGGAACUAACAUUUGACAGCUCAAGAGUGAUAAUUUCACCCGCUCAGAACUUUAAACUCAAGUUUGUGCCACGUAAGAAGGUUCAGUAAAGGUUUAAGACGCCAGUUUGAGUUAAUUUUGGAUUGAAUGUAAUUCUUCGUAUGUAUGAAAGAGAAAAAGCACUGGGUACACAGACUGCUGGAAGUAAAUUUAAGGGUGCUUGCUCAUUGGCACGGGAGUCUGCCACUAUAUUUUUAACCGACUUCCAAAAAGGAGGAGGUUAUAAUAAUAUGUUCG